AUCUAGCUUUUUGCUGCUCUGAGGUACUGAAGUCGAGAGAACCGUCCUUAACCAUGAAGGGAGCCAAAGGCAUCGAGAACCCAGCUUUCAUCCCCUCCAGCCCAGAUACCCCGCGCCGCUUGUCUGCAUCGCCCGCCCAAGUGGAAGUCUCUGCCUUGUCCUCCGACACCCAGAGGGACGAUUCGCAGCCACAGCAGUCUCCAGAGUCCCACAAGUCAUGGGAGCCUCCUCUGCCUUCAUCAACUCCCCCGGCUUCCCAAGAGCCGCCCGAACCACAAUCGUGGUCAGAGUUUGAGGAGGGGCCUUGCGGGUGGAGCAACUUGCAUCCCCGGUGUCUCCAGCGCUGCAACACGCCACAAGGCUUUCUGAUUCACUACUGUCUGUUGGCUCUCACACAAGGUAUUGUUGUAAAUGGCCUUGUAAAUAUUAGCAUAUCCACUAUUGAGAAGCGCUAUGAGAUGAAAAGUUCCUUGACUGGCCUGAUAUCCUCAAGUUACGAUAUCGCCUUCUGUUUGUUGUCAUUAUUUGUAUCGUUCUUUGGUGAAAGAGGACACAAGCCCAGAUGGCUUGCAUUUGCUUCCUUUAUGAUAGGCCUGGGAGCACUUGUAUUUUCCUUGCCACAGUUUUUCAGUGGAGAAUAUCAAUUGGGGUCCCUUUAUGAAGAUACUUGCUCAAUAACAAGGAAUAGCACCAGUUGUACCUCAUCAACCUCUUCACUUUCUAAUUACUUGUAUGUUUUCAUCUUGGGGCAACUGUUGCUGGGAACUGGAGGAACCCCUCUAUACACCCUGGGAACAGCCUUUAUUGAUGACUCUGUACCCACUGACAAGUCCUCUCUCUAUAUAGGAAUCGGCUAUUCCAUGUCAAUCUUAGGCCCAGCCAUUGGCUAUGUUUUGGGAGGACAAUUGUUAACCAUGUACAUUGAUGUUGCUAUGGGACAAAGUUCUGCUAUUACUGAGGAUGAUCCGAGAUGGUUGGGGGCUUGGUGGAUUGGAUUUCUCAUAUCCUGGUUCAUCGCUUGGUCUUUGAUAAUACCUUUCUCUUGUUUUCCAAAACAUUUACCAGGUACAGCAAAAAUUCAAGCUGGAAAAAUUUCCCAGACUCAUCAAAGUAAGAGUAGUUCCUUGCAACACACAGAUGAGAAUUUCGGAAAAAGUCUUAAAGAUUUCCCAGCUGCUCUGAAGAAUUUGAUGAGGAAUACUGUCUUUAUGUGUUUAGUUUUAUCAACUUCUUCAGAAGCCUUAGUUACUACUGGAUUUGCAACAUUUUUACCUAAAUUUAUAGAAAAUCAAUUUGGACUGUCAUCCAGCUUUGCAGCUACCCUUGGAGGGGCUGUUUUAAUUCCUGGAGCUGCUCUUGGUCAGAUUUUAGGUGGUGUUCUUGUUUCCAAGUUCAAAAUGACAUGCAAAAAUACAAUGAGGUUUGCAUUGCUCACAUCUGGAGUUGCACUUGUGCUGAGUUUUGUAUUUAUUUAUGCCAAAUGUGAAAAUGAGCCAUUUGCUGGUGUGUCUGAAUCAUAUAAUGGAACAGGAGAACUGGGAAACUUGACAGCCCCUUGUAAUAGCAAUUGUAGCUGUUCUAGAUCCUAUUAUUAUCCACUCUGUGGAGGAGAUGGAGUCCAAUAUUUUUCUCCAUGCUUUGCAGGUUGUUCAAAUUCUGUUUCCGAUAAGAAAACAAAGGUAUAUUACAACUGUUCCUGUAUUGAAAGGAAAGCAGAAAUAACACCCAUGGCAGGCAGUUUGGUUUUUGAAGCUAAAGCUGGAAAAUGUGAAACUCAUUGUACAAACUUGCCCAUGUUUCUUGGCAUUUUCUUUGUUGCAGUUAUUUUUACCUUUAUGGCUGGUACUCCAAUAACUGUGUCCAUACUAAGGUGUGUUAAUCAAAGUCAACGUUCUCUAGCAUUGGGAAUACAGUUCAUGUUGCUUCGAUUAUUAGGCACUAUACCUGGACCAAUUAUAUUUGGUGUCACAAUAGACAGCACAUGUAUUCUCUGGGAUAUUAACGAAUGUGGAAUUAAAGGUGCUUGCUGGAUUUACAAUAAUAUCAAGAUGGCGCAUAUGCUAGUAGCUAUAACUGUUACUUGUAAAGUUGUCACCAUUUUCUUCAAUGGAUGUGCAAUCUUUUUGUAUAAACCGCCACCAUCAGGCACAGAUGUGUCAUUUCAAAAUCAGAAUGCAGUUGUGACAGCAGUUCCAGUAGAACGGGAUCUCAACAAAGCAAGAAAUGAAGGGUGAAGAGAAAAAGAUUAUUUGACAGUUGGAAAAUUGACCUCCGUUUCUAAGAACACGCAGUGCCAUGGCAGCAUUAUCUACCCAGUAUAGACAGUGGUAUUUUAAACACCGAUGGUUCAUAUCAAGAGUGUUUAUUGUACAUGUAUCAACUCUUGAUUUUGUUUUAGUACAAGAAGCAGACCUGUGCCUCCAAAGUCCACCAAAGCCUGAAAUCACACACAGGCUCACUUAUUUUCCACUGUCUACAUCAACCAGUAACAAGAAAAACAGCUAAAAAUUAGUUUAAAAUCUAUAUUUAAAAAACAUGAUGGAAAAAAACCUCAUCAUUAAAUUUUUAUUUCAUUUACAACUUGUUGCACUUUAAUUUUUAUCUCUGAUAAUGGAAAAAUUUAAGCUAAUCAAAUUUUUUCUCAUGGUUUCUUGGAAUUGUGACAGCCCAUGAAUUUAAAGGCAGCUUUACAAUGUAAUUUGUCUUCAAAUUAAUAUAUUAAUCUGGUCUUUAUUUUACUGCAGUUAAGUUAUUGAACUAUUAGAAUAUAGGUUAGUUAUCUUCUUUGUGUUCAAGUAUAUGAAAAAAUUCAGCAUAGAAUAGACAUAUGUACAUUUCAAUUUGAUUUCCAGUAGCCAAUUUUUGAUUUUGCUAAUUUUCAAUACUUAAUUUUUUGCUUCUGUGAUAGUAUUAUUCAAUUAUAUAUAUUUCAGAAGAAAGAACCAGCUUCCAUGAAAUGUGCCAAUUAGAUAUAAAAAUGUUCCUUAAUGUGUUAUUGACCAAUAUUUGUAUACUGAAUAAUUUUUCUUAUUUUAAAACCUGAUAAUUUAGCACAUUACUUAGACUACCUAAAAUAGGGCCUUGCACAUUGUAGAUAUCUAUUAUUGUUAUUCAAUUAAGACAUUAAGCCCUGUUCUUUGCUGCAUUUAGUAUUAAGGUCAAAUGUCUCAUAAACCUGAUAAAAUUAUAAAUGAACUUCAUGUAUUUUGGUCAUAUUUAUGUCACAUUUACCCUGAAUACAGAGGAAAUAGUUCAAGUCAACAAAAGUAACUUCUACUAUUAAAAAUUUUCACUGUCUAGAAAAGGCUGGAAUGUAACUCCAUGGUGGAAUGCAUGUCUGGCACGUGCAAAUCGAAACCUAGAGGUGAUUACAUUUAUAUCUGAGUGGUUUUUUUCCCCCCAAAUAAAGGUUUUAAUUUAUUAAGGUUGGUUAUCAGAUUUCCCUCAUCCUUCCUUCCCUAGGGUAGUCUUUUUGCAAGCAAGUUUUAGUAGAUUGUGAUCAGGAUAUCACAAGCUGAGAGUAAAGAACUAGUAGGAAGCCAGGAGAAGGACUAGAAAUUUGCAGAACUUAAUAGAUUGUGUUUGGUGGAAAUCUGUGAUAGAUGAGUAUUCAGGAUCCUAGGAGCACUGAUAAGCUGAAAUUCAAGGAGAAGAAUGGAGAUAUUAGUAGGCAAGCACACCUGGCUAUUAGUUGGGAGAAACAGAAGGUUAAGAAGCAGAGGGUUAGAGUUGCUUAAACGAGGAACAUUUAAGCACCAAAAAUUAAAUCCAGAAAGCCAAAAAUUCAGGUAUUUGGGAAGUGGGAAAUUUCAUCAACCAAAUAUGAGAGAGACAGGGGAAUGUAUAUGUGAUACCUCUAUGAGACUCUUCCUUCCACCCAGUCAGACAUAUUCAGAUGUUGCUACCUGUUUACCAUCAAGGCUAAAGGAGAAUUUAGACUGAUGUCCUAAUAUGGACACAAGGGACUGCACAAAAGAGUUUCAUUGCGGUAGGCUGAUGGCAAAUCUGAGACACUCACUGAUAGAAAUGUGAAAUGAGAAUAAGAAAGCAAACUAUAAAAAGUAACUAUAUAAACAUGUGAGUCUAGGACCAUUUAAUUUAGGGAGAAGAAAAAAAAAUCACCCCAUGCAUAGAAA